AUGCCCCAUUACCACAUCGUGGAAGCGACGGAGGCCGUGAAGCCGGUGCUCGGGGAAUAUUUCGUGGAGCCGGAGAAGUCUGGACCCAUCCCAUUCCAUCUCAUCAAGCGGUUCAUCAAGGGGACAGAGGAGUGCUUGUUUGUUGAAGACGAAGGCGAAACCGUGUACUACAAGAACGAUAAGUCGGCGUUUGAAUGAGGUCAGCGCAUCGCCGUUUUGUUUUGUUUUCUUUUGGUGAUCACGGACGUCGGAAUCAGAAAUCAUUUUUUUUUUUUGUCUAGCCGCUCGGCAAACUCCCUCGUCUAGAUGGCUCUACGUUCGGUUAGCCUGCAUGCGACCUUCAGAGGAUCGAACUGGCCAGGAUCAUCCUGUGGAUGGAUGCUGUGUGUUGACUUCGCCGAAUCAACUUUCCCUAAGCCGACUCCUCUUUAGUUGUCGUGCUUGUUUUUGCUGAGGCUUGCUUGCAAUGCCCGUGUUGCGCUCGUGCAUCGAAUUUUGUCGUGGGGGGUUUUCACUUGUCCCACUCCGAACUGGGUUGGGUAUAGUCUCACGGAGAAUAGAUAGCAAGAUCCAGCGUCGUUCGCCGAAUUGAGCAGCAGUGAGUUUCGAUAGAUGGCAACGAUACGUAAGUUUUUUGUGGUGAUAUCCAUACUCAGCUUGUCUACCGUAUAUGACACAAGAUAACACACCCCCUUGACCAACUUUCGAAGCUCGAUUUCUCAACUGCAGGAACAGUCAGAGCGCCGAAAAUGGCGGCGUUGAAACCGUCUCGUCGAAAGCUUUCGAAAAUGUAUCAUUUCGUUUAUGCAUCCUCUUCGUCGUGGAGUAAUCGAGCUUUGAAAAUCGUUCCAGGGGGUUUUGUUAUCAUGUGUCAUAUACGGUAGGCUGUAUGUAAGACGUCCUACAGAGCUAGAGAUUGAUCACGCAUUUUUUUUUACUCAAAGCUGUUUCUGUGUUUGAAGUCAUGGAGACGAACGUUAGUUUUUGGUGGUGAUAUCCAUAUUCAGCUUGUCUAGGCUGUAUCCAAGACGUUCCACAGAGCUAGAGAUUGGUCACUUUUUUUUUUUUCUCA